UUUAAUUCCUACACAUCCCUUCAAAUCAUUUCCUUUUCACUUUUCAUAAUGGAUUAUCAAAGCUUGAGAGUUUUCUCGCUUUUGAUUAUAUAUAUGCUGCUAAAAGUUGUUGGUGGUGCUCGCGUUAAUAUCACUCUCAUACCAGGCGCUGUAUCAGAAGGCGCGGUUUGCUUGGAUGGGAGUCCACCGGGCUACGCGAUGGAUCAGGGUUCGGGCUACGGAUCCUACAACUGGCUUAUUUAUCUACAGGGAGGUGGAUGGUGUGCCGCCACAGCCUCUUGCGCAGAUAGAGCUAAAUUUCCUUUGGGAAGCAGUUUGAAAUGGAAUACAACUAUCUUUUUUGAUGGCAUUUUGGACCAAAACAGAACAUUCAAUCCAGAUUUCUAUAAUUGGAACAGAGUGCAUGUUAUGUAUUGUGAUGGCUCCUCAUUCCUUGGAGACGUAGAUGAAGUCGAUCCAGAAACCAAUCUCUACUAUAGGGGCUCGAGAGUCUUUAAUGCUGUAAUCAACGAGCUGCUGGCCAGAGGAUUGAAUUAUGCCGAUAAUGUAAUACUGACUGGCGGUUCAGCUGGUGGGUUAGCAACGAUCUUACAUUGUGAUGGAUUUCGUUCGCUCCUACCCAAUGCUCAACGUGUUAAAUGCAUUUCAGAUUCUGGCUUCUUUUUGCGCGCGACAAAUCUACCAGGGGUCGAUCAACGAGAAGAUUUCUUCGGCCGAGUGGUAGAGUUACAUGGACUUGCGAAUUUUCUGCCUGCAACAUGCACGUCUAGAAUGAAUCCUGAUUUGUGCAUUUUCCCUGAAAAUUUGGUAGAAGACAUAGAGACCCCGUUAUUCUUACUCGAAUCGUCUUACGACCAAUUCCAGAUAACUGAGUUGUAUACGCCUAAUGUUGGUGGGCGUCAUGCCUGGAAGAGUUGCGUCAAUGGAAGUUUAGGAUUUUGCAAUUCAACCGAGUUGGAGCUCUUGGAGGAUUUUCACUCCACCUUCGUACAAACAUUGCAAGAUCUCGAUUAUUCGACAUCAAGAGGCAUGUUUGUGCAUAAUUGCUUUAGACAUGGCCAUAUUCUUCAGAAGGAUGGAUGGAAGUGCUCGUCUCUGGUCGGAAAUGUAUUGCAAAAUAAAACAAUUGCGGGUGCUAUUUCAGACUGGUAUUUCGACAGAAAUGAUGUUAAAUACGUAGAUGCGAGCUCUGCCAUACGGAAUUGUAGUAGCAACUUCCAUGGAAAUACAUUUGAGAGAAAAUGUAUUGGGUGCAUGUGAAAAAG